ACUAUUAUACAUGCCCUUUAGUAAUUUGUGCGAGAGAUGAAUUGUUUUUUCUUUGUUUUUUUAGCAGGGGCUAUGCGAAUUCCUUGUGAUGCCGAUGGUCAAUAUGAGGGGCAACAUUAUUUGACAAAUGGUUACAUCAAGAACUUCAAUCUACCAAUAAAAAGUUUUCCAAACUACGAUGAAAAUGCCGUUUCUUGUAUCUAUGGGUUUCGCGAAAAAACUAAAAUUUGGUGUGAGAAACAUUUCAUCAAAAUUUGGCCAAAUUGGAAAGAUGGUAUAAAGGAAGAGUUAAAAGGAGAUAUAACUGAUAUUUAUAAAUAUUACCAAGAAACAACAGAUGUCGUCACUGGCCAGCUUUGCAUUUGGUUAUCGAAUUCCAAGAGCGUCGUUGAUCAAGUCUAUGCUUGGGAUCGAUGGAUUAAAAUUUGGAGUCGGUUCACGGUGGAAAGUUUUCUUGAAAGUAGUAUUAAUGUGAUUAAAGCUAAAGUGUCGGUUGAAGACCAGAAAGACUUAGAUUUAGUCAAACUUGAAAACCUUUGCCAUGGUCUAACGAUGCCGUUCGUGGUUUUCUGUAUUUUGCUAUGUGCCCGAAAUUGAAAUGUCCAUGGACCACUUUCUUUCUUUUAAACUGGGAAAGUGGUCAUCUGGUAAGAUGCAUUGCUUGAAAGGUGGUAUGCAUAAUUUGCCCAAAGCGUUUUUAAAAAAUGAAAUAUUAAGUAAAGAUGACAUAGAAUACAAGAAGCAAGUAUAUGAAAUAAAUUACGGAUAUCAAGAAAAAUAUCCACUGAAAGAUGUCGUAGAGGUGUCAUGUUAUUCUGUCAAUGAUGCACCAUGUGUGUAUAAGGCAAAGGAAAACUUUGAACUAUGAAUAGAAAAUACUAUCCUCUUACAUAAACUAGAGUGUGUGCUCUUCUUGUUCAAGAAAUGAAUAAUCGCAAUUGUA